AUGGGGUCCCGAGACAACUACACCUUCGCCAACCAAGCCUCCAUCCCGGCGCCCCUGGACAAACAGCUCCCAGCCUUCUUCCGCUCGUGGGACGAUCCGCAUUCCAAUAACGACUACCUGAACCUAUUCGCGCCCGAAGGCCAGCUGGUGUUUGGCUCGACCACGACGGGCCGCGAGGCCAUCCGCGCCUUUCGCGACGCCAUGAUCCACCCGAGCAACGGGCCCGUCGUCGACCUCGAGCACACCCUGGACAAGUGUUUCGUGCUGGCGGGCGGCAACCCCGAGGGCGGCACUGGGAAACAAGAAGUCAUUGUUAAUGGGUCGCUGUGGUACAAGUUGCGCAACGGCCGCAGGAUCGACGUCGACUUUGCUAGCUUGAUUAAGUUCACAGACCCAGGCAAGGGCGGCGACCUGGAGGCUGAGUUUUAUGAGGUGUAUUUGGACGCGCAUGAGUUGAUGACCGCCAUCAAGGAGAUGAAUGAGGAGGGGAAAUGA